GAACUCUGGGGUACCUAGCCCCUGAACAUACCCGAACCGGCAAGGCCACCACAAGCACCGAUGUAUAUGCUUUUGGGGCCUUUUUGCUAGAGGUUGCUUGUGGAAGACGACCAAUAGAGCCACAAGCAUCAAGUGAACAGGAACUCAUUUUGGUUGAUUGGGUGUUUUCGUGCUGGAGUAGAAGUGAGAUUCUUCUGGCAGUUGAUCCAAAUUUGGGCACCGAUUACGUAGCACAUGAGGUGGAGUUGGUAUUGAAGCUUGGGUUGCUGUGCUCACACUCAGAACCUGUUGCCAGGCCGACUAUGAGGCAAGUUGAACAGUUUUUGGAGGGUGCCAUCCUUCUACCAGGGUUAUCGUCACUUGGAAUUUCUGCCACCGGCCUAACGUUUGCACAUCGUGACGGGUUUGAUGAUUUUGCCAUGUCGUAUCCAUCUUCCUUGUAUAAGUCCUUCUCUCACACCACCUUGAUGCAGAGUCCCUUCUCUAUGGAGGCCGAUGAUUAA